UGGUAUAUUCCCAUGUCAAAGUUGACGUGCAUCUCUUUCUUUGUUGCUUGCUAGCAAGUCCAAAGAGGAAUUGAUAGAGUACAUUCGUUUUCAAGAAAGAAAAACACAUUUAAACAUAUCUGUAAGAGGAUUCAGUCUACUCAACAGCUUCAAGCUCUGCAGGGGCAGUAGCCGGGCAUCAACCACCAUCACAGUCCUCACCCUCACUACACAGAGGGACCAAGACAGAGGGUCAUGGCUCAUAUGGUUGUCAGUCAUGAGCUCAUGGCUCAGCAAGAGCCCGCCAACAUAGCGAAAGCUCCAGCAAAGAAGCGAGGGAGAACGGCACAACCAAAGGAACCCAAGCCACCCAAAAUGCCCAAGGCCAAACCGGGACCCAAGGCCAAACCGGGACCCAAGGCCAAACCGGGACCCAAGGCCAAACCGGGACCCAAGCCCAAGAAAGGUAAGGAGGGUCAAGAGGCAGACGGCACGCAGGAGAAAAUAGACAAGACCUUCAAGAAGGUCAAGAAGAAAAGGGACCGCUUCAAAGGCAUGACUGAGGAUGAGGUCAUGAGUAGAACUCUGACCGACAUCCUUGACUACAACCUGGACUAUGUUAUCAUUGGAAUCAACCCAGGCCUCGUGGCAGCCUAUGUUGGACGAUGGUUCCCUGGCCAUGGAAACCAUUUCUGGAAGUGCCUGUUCUUGUCCGGAUUCACUGAUGAGCAGCUUAACCACAUGAGCGACACCAGCCUGCCAGAGAAAUAUAAGAUCGGCUUCACCAACAUGGUGGCAAGGACAACGCCUGGAAGCAAGGACCUGUCAACCAAGGAGUUACGCGAGGGCGCCUUGAUUCUUGCUGAGAAGUUGAAAAAGUACAAGCCCCUCAUAGCUGUUUUCAAUGGAAAAUGUAUCUAUGAAAUGUUCUGCAGAGAGAUGUUUGGUAAAAAGCCCAAGAAGCUUGACUUUGGUCUGCAGCCACACAAGAUACCGGACUGUGAAGUGGCGUUGUAUCUGAUGCCCUCAUCGAGUGCCCGCUGCGCCCAGUUUCCCCGUGCCCAGGACAAAGUGCACUUCUACAUCAAGCUGAGGGAAUUGAGGAACCAGCUCAGGGGCGUGGCCCGAUCUGACGAGAUUCAGGAGUUGGAGUACAGCUUUGACCUGGGACUGGCCAAAGAGGACGCUAAGAGGAUGGCGAUCAAGGAAGAGGCGUACGACCCAGGCUACGAGGCCGCCUUCGGCGGAGCGUAUGGCGAGGGCGGGCCCGGGCCUGAGGAGGGCCAGAYCAACGGUCACUAACUUCUCGUUGACUGGAAACACAGACGCUGCCGAGAAGGCAAACACUUACCAACCUCCUACGGCCGCCACCACCACAGAAGGACAACUCCCAGACAGACAGUGGAUGAUGCAGUCUUUCACUGAUCAGAUUCGACAUUGGUGGCUCUAAAGAAUCACAGGCAUGGGUGGGCAAUGUAUAAGAAAGGGUAAAUGGCUCCUAACGAGCCCUAUCUAGAAGUGCACAAACCGCAACCCAGCACAUCCUUUAGCCUCCCUUCAACAAGAAGCUGCACCUCCGUUUGAAAACAGAAAUUAUAGUUUUUAGUAUUUUUUUUUGUUGCCAUUUUGGAAUAUACACUUGACUAGUUGAUAGAUGGAAUUGUCUAAAUGUAUCAUUUUUAAAGGAUUUGUGGAAUAUUAGCUUUUUUUAAUCAGGUUUUGUCAUACUGUGUGUGUGUGUGUGUGUUUGAUUGCCCACAAGGCAGUCUUUUUUAAAUAUGUGAAAUCAGGGACUUGACACUUUGUUUUAAUACCGUACCUUGCCACAGGCUGGCACAGUAGGUGUAAGCAAAGCAUGCAUACUGUAUUGGUUACUGCUCUGACAGUACAAAUGGCUCUAAAUCAAACUUUUACAUACGUGUCAGAGUCCCAAAUAAACCUGUGGCAGAACACAUACAGUAAGAUGAUACUGUAAGUAAUGCAUUGUGAAGUUUAAGAUUAGCUAGUACUCUACUUUUAUAAAUUCUGUACCUUGAGGAGAAUGAACUAGACACAUGGUCAAAAAGUGAUUCACGGAGGGAUGUUUUAGUAAUGUCUUUACAAGCCUUUUAUCAUGGAGUUGCAAUACUCAAGAUGGGUGUUAUAUAUUUUUUUCUUUUACUUAUGUUUAGUAUGUUUCUGAAAAUGUUGUUUAWAAAAUUAUGGGGAUUUUCUAUUUUACUUGACUUUUGUUUUUUACUUUGCAGUCUGAAAAGAUACAGUAUCAGGUAGCUGUGUUGGUAAUAUGUUUUUUUAUAAGAGUUCUGAAGUUGUGUUGGUUGAAAACCUUGCCUCUAGCCUUUGUUCUGUUAGCAUACCAAGAAAUUGUCUUCUGUUGCAUCCUGAGUGACUAAACCCUGGGACGUGUUCAUUAAAAAAAAUGUUUUUAAACGUUUUUAAAUUAUUUGAAACGGAUAAUUAAACUGAGUUUCGGACA